AUGCAGCCCCGUAUUUCUGCUUUCCACGGAAAGGCUCUGCCGCAGACUCACGAGGAUUGCCCGCCGUACCACAUACUCCGGGGAAUAAGACAUCAUGAAAGCUUUGCUAGAUCAGCAGAGGUCAGAGAUUUCUGUUCAGAACCUGGUCACGAGAGAUAUGCCAGAGCUCGAAAUGCUCGUCUCAUUAUGAGCAAUACAGUGCCAGAGAUGCUCUCCGAGUCAGUGAAGCCGUACUGCAUAUGGUAUCCCGACACUGCUACGGAAGAAACGUAUCGGGAGCUAGCUCGCCGCCAUCCCGAAAUGCGUUACCACGUUGGGCGAGCCUGUGCAGUUGCGGGCUACAAAACGCUAUACGACGAACUAAAUCUCCUACCCGAUGUUUCGAUUGCAGAAGAAGCCCGAGACAACGGCAACACCGAUAUCUUCGAAGCCAUAACAAAGCAGCCUGUGAGGUACGCCGUCAUGGAUGACUACAAACGAACAGUCAACCUUGAGUCUCCGAAAGCUGGAGUGAACCUCAAUGGCGACACCGCCGUACGUUCUUCGAUACAUAGCGAACCGCUCGAAGAUGACGAAAAUCCAGGUCAGUUCACUUAUCGCUUUACUCACUUCGACAUUCAAGAGGAUGAGCAUGUUGGCUUCAAAGGUUGGCCAAGCCCUGGGGUAUCAAUUUUGGACAGUAAGUAUGCUUACUUAGCAUACUCGCCACUACCUCGAGACUUGCCUCCUGUUAAUAAGGAUGUUCUAAUCCUUAUGGCAGCUUGGGAUGGGAAUAUUGAGCGAUAUUCACGGCUACGGCGUCCAUUUACUAUCGACAAUGAGAUUUCAGCUGUUAUUCGUGGUGUUUACCAUCAUACCACCUUUGCAAGAUGGCUAGAUGUGUGCAUGGGUGAGAUAUUUCCAUCUUCUGAGCUCGAUUGGGCGGAGCACUAUAUGCGACAGGCCAUACACGCACGAUUUAUUAUGAAUAAUGAUCUCUCAAGAAUCGAUGGUAGCGUUGAUGGUGACGAACUUCCGGCGCUCUUCUGGUGGCCCGAAUGUCCGCACGAGGACACCUUGAGAGAGUUGGCAUGGCGACGCCCAGACUUUAAACAUCAAGUCACUCUCGCCUGCGUAGCUGCGAACUACCCUUUCCUUUUUGAUGAGUUAUCAACCGACAUGAAGCCGACUCGCCAGCAGUGGGAGGUUGCAAUUCAGUCGCCGAACAUGUACUUCCGAGAAAAGCUCAAAAAGCGAGAGGAGCGGGAGGGGGAGAUUAACUUUAAUUACGACAAGAACUACUUUCACCCAACACCGACAAGGAGCUAUCCGUGGCCUGACGAUGAGUUUUGGAGCAGGAAAUACCUGCGAUGGAACAAGGAAAUGCCAAGGGGCUUCCGGGUGUCAAAAUAUUACCACGAACUCUUCAACAAACCGGAUGAAGGACAUUUCGAAAACUUUGACGAUCCGGAGCCCGAUCUCCUGAAUGAUACUCUCCAGGAAUUAUUCAAAGACUGGAAUCUGUUCAUUAGUGCCACCGAUAAGGCACGAGAGGACGCGGCGGCGAGCAAGAAACGCGAAUUUUUGUACGGGGAACCUGAGGACAUUGAACGCCGCAAGUCACCAGCCCCUGAGCCUGACUACCCCAAGGACUUUGAACCAUACGAUGAAUGGGCUAAAUAG